GGGAGACCAUCAAUGCUGCUUUUCUCUCCAUUGUCAAGUCCACUUCUCCACGCUCCUAUCCCCCCUUCCUUUCUUCCUCCCAGCCUCCCUCCUACCCUAGAGGUGUGAUGGAUACGAUCUCCUCCGUGCUCGAGUUGAGGAAGAUCUCGCCGAAUCCAUUUCACUGCACAUAAAGCAGCAAGUGGGUUGUUGAAUUAAGAGGGAGGAGGCCAAGGGAGAAGAUGAAACGACAGAACCGGAACUGUGCAGAUUUCGUUUGCUUGAGGUAGCUAGCUCCUCUUUCACGCAAAGGUAACUCCCUCGACUGUACGUACGCCUUCAUCCCCUUCAUCCACGUAGGUUGCGAGAUGGGUUACAGUCCAUAGAUCUCUGUGUCUCUUCCACGCCAUUAUCCAAUUAUCCGUCGUCCAAGUCUUUACCAUCUACUUAAGGGGAGAGAGAGGGGGGGAAUAUGCUACCGUUUCCCGAUUAUCAAGAUCAUAUCUUUGCCAAACCUUUCGCCGAGCAGCUUCAGGCUUACCCUAAUCAGCUCGUCGCGGAUGCGAGCUAUUCCUGGUUCGCUCCCCCUCCGCCAAUUUUGUGCCCGGAUGACCUCCUCCUCUUCCCCUCUGCUUCUUCGCUGGAUGCUUUUGUGAGCAGUACUACGGCGGCAGCGGCGGUUCCGUUGGUACUACCGGCGGCGGCGGCGCCGGCAGUGACGUCGACGCGGGGGAGCGAGGAGAAGAGUUCCUCUUGCGUCGGCCGGAGGCUGAGGAGGAAGGACCGGCACAGUAAGAUAGUCACGGCGAGGGGGCCGAGGGACCGGCGGAUGCGGCUGUCGAUCGAGGUGGCGGGAAAGUUCUUCCAGCUGCAGGAUAUGCUGGGGUUCGACAAGGCCAGCAAGACGGUGCAAUGGCUGCUCACGAUGUCCGCCUCCGCGAUAAGGGACCUCGCCGCCGCGGUCGCCACUUCCGUCGUCCAAAGCCCCUACAGCACCGAAUCCUCCACUCUGGCCUGCGAGGAUUACCAGUACUCCUCUCACGGUCCCAAGGGCAAGACGACGACGACGACGACGACGACCAACGACGAGGCGCUCACUGACGACCGCGAAGCGUCCAAGUCAAAGAAGAAGCACAAGACGGAAACCGCCUCCAGGAAGAAGACGGAGUUCCACUCGGCGACCGCGAGGCAGUCGAGGGCGAAGGCGAGGGAGAGAGCGAAAGGGAGGGCGAUGGAGAAACAACGGCUCAUGUCUUCUUUCUCGGACGCCAUGAAGAUCAAGGAGGAAACGAAGUCUGCGCAGGCGAUAGAGAGAAGCUGUCAUCUGAUCACGACGACGGCAGCCGGUGGUCCGGUAGCCAUGCCGUUGUACGGAAAUAACCAACUGGAGCCCGGAGGAGCGGCAGCAAUAAUCCUCAAAGCUGCCGGCGUCUUCCAACAGCCAACGUGGGACAUGGAAGCCAUCUCCUACUCCAGGUAAUUCUACUGCCAAUUAAUUUGUGCAAAUUGGUGUAACAAUAAAUGCAAACCUCCUAUCGAGUUCUUCAAACUUUCCCUUAAUUGUUCGUUCGUCUUUUGCUUUCAUGUUGUGCUCGUGUGCUUUCUGUAAUUAAAAACCAAUCUUAAUUAUGAUCCUCCUUCUCGAUUGAGGCACGUACCUUUUUUAUUCCCAGUUAAACGCGACUUAAUUUGAAUCAUCCUUAACCACACUUGAUCGUUGUGGUGAGCAAAAGCUUUGUGUUUGUGCCUAAUGUAUGAUAUCUGACAUACUUCUUUUCGAAUA